UCACUUCACAGUUUAGUUUCUAUAGUCGCGGUUGAGAUCUCUGUAACCCCCAAAAAAAAAAUAAAGAUUCAAUAUGAAAUACUUUGCUGUUUUCGCGCUGAUCUUCUGCCUGUUGGGAACUGCCUUGGCGGCGCUUAAAAAUCCUAUCUGUGGCGAGGAGUUUGGCUCAUUCGGACCCUGCCGUGGGCGAAUUCAAAAAUUUACUUAUCGCAGGGAUGCAAACGAAUGCAUCAGUUUCUACUACACCGGCUGCCAAGGAAACAAAAACAAUUUUAAUAGCAAGGACGAAUGCGAGAGGACCUGCAAAAACUGAGAGCUUGUUACUUAUCCACAAAUAAAGUUACAAUUUCGGUUUUGUUAUCCUAAUGUGA